AUGACUGAUAUCUUAGAGCGUUUAACUGAUAGACAGGGUCUUGGACCCUUUAACCAACCUGGGGGUCAGGAUAGAGGAGAAGAUAGGGUUUUGGAGAGGUUCCUGAAGUUUAACCCACCUAAAUUCAGUGGAGAGCCUGACCCCGAGGCAGCUGAGAACUGGAUGACUGAUAUCCUAGAGCGUUUAACUGAUAGACAAGAUCUUGGACCCUUUAACCAACCUGGGGGUCAGGAUAGAGGAGAAAAUAGGGCUUUGGAGAAGUUCCUGAAGUUUAACCCACCUAAGUUCACUGGAGAGCCCGGCCUCGAGGCAGCUGAGAACUGGAGGGGAUUUAGUGAGAAAUUUCUCCCACCCUUGGUUCAAGAGAAAAGGGAAGAUGAAUUCAUAAAGUUGAGGCAAGGAACUUCUAGUGUAGCCGAAUAUGAAGGGAAAUUUACUAAACUUUCUACGUAUGCUCCAGAAUUGGUGUCUAAUGAUCGAAAGAGGAUAAGGCGCUUUGUACAAGGAUUUAAUGUCGAGAUUCAGGAGGGGUUAGCUGCAGUCAAAAUCUCUACGUUCACUGAAGUCUUAGAAAAAGCGCAGAGAGUCGAGAGUGUAAGGCUGCAAGUUAGAGACUUUCACGCUAAGAAAAGGGGCACUUCUAGUAACCCGUCUGGACAGGCAGAUAAGAGUGCCCCACCUUUCAAAAAGGGAAAAGGAACUGGUGGAGUGGAGAUAUCUAGCACACCAAAAGAGACUCAAUCAAGAGGAGAUCGCAAUGGAUGA